UCUCGUGCCAGUCAAUCUGCGGCAUUAUGCACGGCUAGGACGUGCGCCGAGAGUAAUCGAGACCGAGGGUUCAUGUUUGAAUGGCGAGCGUACGGUCGAGACUGACCGUCUCAGAAACGGGUUGUCACGAUCGUUUCCGCCGUCCAAGCGCGCCCUAAGCUCCGAGAUCUCCCGCUCCUCUAUAUCUGCAGUCUGCACCACUGGGUGUUGAGCAAAGGAAGGAGAGGAAGAGGAACAGGAAGAAGAAGAGGAAGGAGGAUGAGCAUCGUGCCGAAGGAGACGAUCGAAGUGAUCGCCCAGAGUGUGGGCAUCAGCAACCUCUCCCCUGACGUCGCCCUUGCUCUUGCCCCGGAUGUCGAGUACCGGCUCCGAGAGAUCAUGCAGGAGGCUAUGAAGUGCAUGCGUCACUCAAGGCGGACUACUUUGACAACUGAUGAUGUUGAUAGUGCUCUAAGUUUAAGAAAUGUUGAGCCAGUUUAUGGCUUUGCAUCAGGAGACCCUUUGCGGUUUAAAAGAGCUGUAGGCCACAAAGAUUUGUUUUACAUCGAUGACAAAGAUGUGGAGUUCAAAGAUAUAAUUGAAGCACCACUGCCAAAAGCACCACUUGAUACUGCAGUUACUGUUCAUUGGUUGGCAAUUGAAGGAGUGCAGCCUAAAAUUCCUGAGAAUGCUUCUGUUGAUGGUCUUGCAGCUCCUCCAGAAAGUAAGCCUGAGCAAACUAAAGAAGAGGUGCUUCCUGUUGAUAUCAAGCUUCCUGUUAAACACAUAUUAUCAAGAGAGCUCCAGCUAUACUUCGAUAAAAUCACAGAGCUUGUUGUUGGGGGAUCUGAAUCUCCGCUAUUUAAGGAAGCAUUAGCUAGUCUGUCGACAGAUUCAGGACUUCAUCCUUUGGUUCCAUAUUUUACUCAUUUUAUUGCAGAUGAGGUUGUCAGGAGCUUAAAUGACUUCCGUCUCCUGUUUGCUUUAAUGCGUGUUGUCCGCAGUCUUCUUCUUAAUCCUCAUAUACAUAUUGAACCUUAUUUACACCAGCUGAUGCCAUCCAUUAUCACCUGCUUGGUUGCAAGGAGGCUCGGCAAUAAGUUUGCAGAUAACCAUUGGGAGCUUAGAGAUUUUACAGCAAACAUGGUGGCUUCAAUAUGCAAAAGAUUUGGACAUGCUUAUCAUAAUCUCCAGCCCAGGGUAACAAGAACCCUUCUUCAUGCAUUCCUGGAUCCAACAAAGUCAUUGACUCAACAUUAUGGUGCAAUUCAAGGUCUUGCUGCCUUGGGAACAGGCGUGAUACGUUUAUUGAUAUUGCCAAACCUUGAGGUUUACCUGCAAAUGCUGGAACCAGAAAUGCAACUUGAAACACAGAAUAAUGAAAUAAAGAGACAUGAAGCAUAUCGUGUUUAUGGAGCUUUAUUGCAAGCUGCAGGUAAAUGCUUAUCUGAACGCCUCAAGUUGUUCCCUUGUCUUCUAUCUCCUCCAUCCUAUGCUUUCUGGAAAACAAAUAAAGGGAAGGUAUCAACAACUAUGCCAAACAAACGCAAAGCCACCACGGAUUUCUCAUCCCUGCAGGUUAAAAAAGUCGCAAGCGAGAGCAUAUUGAUGAGUAGUCAAGCAGAAUCUUUGUCACAUGCAACUCAAGAUGCAUUCUCAAGCGCAUCCUCUGGGGGAUCUGCAGUUGUCCGAGCAUCCUCAUUGCCCAAUGGAACAUCAUCUCGUGGGCAGAGACAAGAUAAAGUGGAUGCUGCUCAUGAUGUACAGAAGCGGACUUUGAACUCAACGCAGGUGCUAAUGAAGGAAGAUGUUGACGCUGGCAACUUGUUAUCAUCUUUGUCUGAGUUGUUUGGUGAAGCCAUUCUCUCCUUUGUCCAAUCCUCGGAGAUGAUGAUUUUCUUAUGAAAAAAAAGGAAAAUCGAUCUGUAAUUUUUGUAAUUUGUAAUUCCAGUUUUUGGGUGGUAAUUGUAUUGUAAAAUGUCCAAUUACUGAGCUUUUUCUUGUCGAAAAGCAAUCAAGAACCCAACGACACGUUUUCCAGAUAAUGAUGACGGUGAAUCAGAUUAAUCCCAA